ACUCCGGAGUCCUGACUUCUCAGAUGCAACCGCAGGCACUGGACCAGCAAAGCUUGUCAGCCGCAUUCCUUUCCUUCGCUCCGUCAACUCCGCAGUCCUCUCAGUCUCUUCCUCUCACCCCUCACCAUUUACACAUAACCAUUGCGCAGCCAUACCCGCACGGCCCGCGUAUCUCCAGUAGACUUGUUGCUUGUGCAUCUGUGCGCCCUUGUCAAACGGUAGAGCUCUCGACAGAAGGUGCGGCAAUCUAGCCUCGCUGAGAGAUAAUCCUGGUGCUCGAUGCUGUGACUUUAGCAGUAGUCGAGUUCGUCUUUUUCGCGAUUAGGUGCAGUUAUGCUUCUAGAGUAUUCCCCCAUAAAGCGACACGUGGUGCAUAGCUAGUCCCACUGCCAGUCUACGGUCUGUCGGGUAACCCUAGCUGCGACCGACGUAUGCCCCCAGCAUGGUUACCGCCUCUACGACUGUUACCCGAGCGGCCCUCCAGAACGCGGAGCGCGUUCUCCGCCAAUGGCACUCCGACACGUCAUCACACGGCGGCGGAAGCGGCGGCAGCAGCCGGCCGUCCUCGCGAAGCAGCACGCGCUCCGCGACCUCGCAGGCUCAAAGCGACACGUCAGCAGCGAGCCUCCGCCUAUGGGAAGGUCCGAACGUCAACGUGGACGCGUAUCUCCAAGCCCUAGAUUCCAUCCAAUCCGUGAUCGACACGUGUGAGUCGGGCAGAUACGGCGGGAGCAGCAGCGAAGCUGCCGAGAUGCUUCAUAGAGCCAAGUGGUUCGCAGCCGCGGCGCGGCCGUGGCUAGAGCAGGGAUUCUGGUACGUCCUUAAAGCGCACUCUAAGCCGCUAGAACCAGAGGCGGUCUACCAAGCCGCAACUAAGAGCAGGACGGGCGGCAGCAGCGGCGGUGGUAGCGUCGGAGGGAGGGGGUCGAAGGGAGGCUCGGAUGGCGGGCCGUACCUGAUGCAGCCCCAAGCUGCGCUGCAGGUUCGGGAGGUGGCUCGGCGGAUGGUGCAGGCUGGCUUGGGCCAGACGUGUCUGGAGACCUACCGAGCGGUCCGGAGGCAGGCCCUGGACAGGACCCUAGAGCAGCUGGCGGCGGGGCAGUUCCGGCCAGAGGACAUGGGUGGCGUGCGGUGGGAGGCGCUGGAGGAGCGCGUGAAGGCGUGGAUGCAGUUCGCCCGGCUGGCCGUGCGCGUCGUGCUGCUGGCUGAGAGGCGGCUCUGCGACUCCGUGUUCCAGGGCCAGGGGAAUCUUUCUGAGAUGUGUUUCCACGAGGUGGCAGCGUCGGCGGUGCGGUUCAUCUUUGCCUUUGCGGAGGCGUUUGCCCUCGACAAGCGCCUGCCGGAGCGGCUCUUCUCCAUGCUGGACCUCUUCGAGAUCAUGAGCAGCAUCCAGGGGGACUUCAACGCCGCAUGCAAAGGUGACGGCCCAUGCACCAGCCUGCGGGACGACUUUGGCCUGGUUGUAACGCGCCUCGGUGUUGCCAUCAGCGCGAUCCUCUCAGAAUUUGAGAACGGCAUCGAGAGGGACAGCUCCGACAUCCCUGCCACGGCCACCAUCCACGGGCUCACCCGCUACGUGGUCAACUACCUCAUUCUGCUCUAUGAGUAUCGAGACUCGCUCACCCGGCUGUUGAAGAAAGGGGAUGACGCUGCUGCAGGGAAGAUCCAUAAGCUGGUUGCUUCAAAGAAGAAGGGAGGGGGAAGUGGGAGGGAUGGGAGUGGGAGGGACGUGGGGAGGAGGGAGAGCAGCUUAGGUACGCCGAGCACGUCGAGCGGGAGUGAGCUGAGUGGGAGUGGGGAGGGGAGUGAGACGGAGGACAGUGAGAGUGAGGAGGAGGAGGCGAGGAGGAGGGAGCAGGCGAGGAGGGAGGCAAGGGAGGGGUUCCGAGGGAAGGGGGUACCGGAGUAUGAGGUGCUGGCGGUGAAGGUGGUGUGGAAGCUGCAGGUGCUGGAGGGCAACCUGCAGGGCAAGGCGCGGCAGUACCGGGACCCCGCACAGGGCGAGGUGUUUCUGCUUAAUAACAUCCACUACAUGGCGAGAAAGGUGAAGGAGUCGGACCUGCGGGUUGUGGUUGGGGACGACUGGGUGCGGCGCCAGGCGGCGCUGGUGCGGCAGCACGCCAGCGAGUACCUUCGCUUCUGCUUCUCCCGCCUCACUUACACGCUCAGAGUCGACCCCUCCACACAGCUGCACAAGAGCACUCUCAAGGAGAAAUUCAAAGCCUUUAAUCUUGUACUAGAAGAGAUCCAUCGCGACCAAACGAGGUGGCUUGUCAAUCCAGGGCCCCUGAGAGACGAGCUACGCCUUGCAGUGAAGCAACGCGUGCUUGCUCCUUACACCGACUUCUAUCUCGCUUAUAAGCACGUUAUGGAGUCCUCGAGACACCCGGGGAAAUACCUUAGGCAUGACCCAGUGGAGGUCAAUGAGAUGAUUUUGGAUCUUUUUGUGGGAUAUCAAGGACACUAGUAGAAGUGUUGUAUAGUGUAUUUAUCCAGGAAAUGCAAGUGAUCCUACAGG